CGCGCAGAACGCCGGUAGGGAAACAUCGCAGGCAGAACAGCAGCUGUAGCGGCAGACAAAGACACGGAGCACAGCUCGAUCCUGCAGCAUCCACACCCACCCACACACACUACACACAGCACCGCUACGCUGAUCCAUAACACCUUAGUACAAGACUUCUCACAACCACUAUGGACGCCCCCUCUGAUACUGUUGCCAUGGAGCUGGACUUCGGCCAUUUUGAUGAGCGGGACAAGACAUCUCGGACUCCACGGGGUGGACGGGCCAACGGCCUCCCCAGCCCUACCCACAGCGCACACUGCAGUUUCUAUCGGACACGCACCCUUCAGGCUCUGACCAAUGAGAAGAAAGCUAAGAAGGUGCGAUUCUACCGCAAUGGCGACCGGUACUUCAAAGGCAUUGUGUAUGCAGUGGCAAAUGAUCGUUUCCGCACAUUUGACGCACUGCUGGCUGACCUGACGCGAUCUCUGUCUGACCACAUCAACCUGCCACAAGGGGUCAGAUACCUAUUCACCAUCGACGGGACACAAAAGAUCUCCACUCUGGAAGAACUGGAGGAAGGUGAGAGCUAUGUGUGUGCCUCUGAGAACUUCUACAAAAAAGUCGACUACACCAGAAAUGUGAACCCGAACUGGUCUGUGAACGUGAAAGCAUCUGCCAGCCAGAAGAACAUGAUGGCCAACCGCGCAGCCAGUGAGGCCAGGGAGGGCAAAGAUUUUGUGCGACCCAAGUUGGUGACGGUGAUGAGGAGCGGGGUGAAGCCACGCAAGGCCGUCCGCAUUCUGCUCAAUAAGAAGACCGCACACUCCUUCGAGCAGGUGCUCACUGACAUCACAGAGGCCAUCAAACUCGAAAGCGGAGCGGUGAAGAGGAUUUACACGCUGGACGGUAAACAGGUGACCUGCUUGCAAGAUUUCUUUGGCGACGAUGAUGUUUUUAUUGCCUGUGGACCAGAAAAAUUUCGCUACGCGCAGGAUGACUUCUCUCUGGAUGAAAAUGAAUGUCGGGUGAUGAAGACCCCCAAAGGACACAGAGGCUCGACUAAGAGCCCCGGCCCUGUGCGACGCUGCAAGUCUCCAGCUGAUUCCACCAAUGGAACCGGCUCCAGUAGUCAGCUUUCUACCCCCAUCUCUAAGCAGUCUCCUAUCUCGACCCCGACCAGCCCUGGGAACACCCGCAAACAGAAGGAUCUCUACUUGCCCCUGUCACUGGAAGAUGAAGAUUCACAGGGGGAGUCGAUGUAGACUCUCCUCCUUCUGUCAAUCAACAUGAUUGGCCAGUCACAGAGGUAUCUCUGGUGCUCUAUUGUCUUGGAAACAUCAACAUCGCCACCCUAGUGUGCAGGGUGAUUGAAAACAUCACCAUGGCUGCCCUUGACCGUCGGGUUUUGCUGCAAUGGUCUGUGCACUAUUUGCUGCUUGAGAAUUUGUUUCAUUCGUUUUCUGUGUUUUCUUCCUAUUUUUUGAUAACCUAUUUGUAGUGACUAAUGAAAAUGUCAAGUAUGUGCAGGGCAUAUACUGCAGUUUACACGUGUAUUAUGAUGACGAACACUCAAAUUUGUAUGUGGUCUGCUGUUGAAAUUCAUUUUUUUAUAUGAAGAACUUGAAACAAACUAAAAUGUUAUCACACAGCAGGUCAGAUCAAACAUUUAGACAUUGAACCAUCCUUUUUUUAAAACAAUAAUUUACAAUUUUUCAUACUGACUUUUUAAGAUGCUUGGUCUGGGGAAUUCGAAGCAGCAAAUAGUUGUUUUUACAAGGGUGAUAGUCUGACUUGUGAAAAAUCCAAUUUAAAAAAAGCAAAAGAAAAAAAUGAAGAAAAAAACUUGUUGCACCAUCAAUGCUCUUUAUUAAUCCUUUUUUACCCAUGCUUUCUCUCUCUCACUCUCUCACUCUCUCUCUCUCAUCGUGCAAUGGUUCAUUAUGUUUUAAAGCCCCAAACUGUUGGGACAGAACCCAUUAAACUCACUCCAUACCACUGUAAAUAUACCAUGUACAGUACAGCCUACUCCAAAACAAAAUCUCAUCUGUGUCUUUGCAUUCUAACGAUGUAAAAAAAACUGCUGUUUAUUGUUCGUGGCUCUGAAGGUACCUUUGCAACUGAGAGGGGGGGGCAAAAGCCAUAUAAGGUUUUGUUUCAAAAGCAAUCACGGUUUGAUAAAAAUCUUAGGACAUAACCAGAAUAAGAAUUAUUUUCUGAGGGUUUUGGUUGCAUGAAUACGUUUGAAAAUGUAAGGCACAGUGUCAUUUUCAGAAAGCCAAAGGUAUGUUGCAUAGAGGAAGUCUAAAAAUCUAUAUUUCCUUCCGUGAUGGCGAACAUAUUGUUGGAUAACACUUUACAGUGGGGGUCUAUUUGUUAACUUUAAUUUAACAAAUGCAUUAUCUUUAAUUGCAUUAAUAAAGGCUGGAAAAUAUAUUGUUCGUUGUUAGUUCAUGUUAGCUAAUGCAUUAACCAAUGUUUAUAAAUGGAAAUCUAUUGUAAAGUGUUAACGGAAUGUCUCAUUUAAUCUCUGAUUUUAAAACAAACAGAAUAUCAGACCUGAACAUUUACAUUUUAGGAAGUUUUAUGUACAACAGGAAGGUGAUGGAAUUCAACGUGUGGUAGCAAAAUGCAGUCAUUUCUGACUUAGCAAUUUCACAGAGCACUGUGAUGGUAUUGUGGUAUCUGUAGAUCAUCUCUUUAAUAUGAACACUAGCAUAACAAAACUGCAAAAACUCAUCUUUUGAGUUUUAUAGAAUUCCCAUUUAUUCCCUUUAUUUCAGUGUAUAUUCUACAACCAUUAAUGUCUCCGGUCGAUUUUGUACCUUCCAUUGUGCCUUUUUUAAAGUCAUCCAUUGAGAUAUACAAACAAUCAUCUGUCAGUUUUGUACUGUUUUGUAAUCUUUUGCAUUGUUUGAUUUGAAGUGGGGAUCAAACACUAUAACUAUUACUAUAACUACACAUUCUGUAAUCUGUUACUGCUAGUUUUGAACACUGUUUUAGUAGUUUAUCAGGGUAAUUCUUAAGACAUGGUGAAAAUGCUCUCUUUUCUCCUAUAGUGCUGUUAACACACUUGCUAAUGUGCUCAGAUUUUUGGGACAUAAAUCAGACUUUCUGCUUAUCAUGCAUUUCUGAUGUUUCAUUGUGACAUGUUUUAGUGAUAUCAUUCUGUGUAUUAAACUUCUCACUUUACUAUUAAAAUGAGAUGCUAUUCCACACCCUGUUUUACCGCAAUGCUCUUUUUUAUUUGAAUUUUUGUCGGUUUGUUUAACAUUUUAUCUUCUCAGUGACCACCACACUUUUUUUUACAUGCAUGGCAUUCAUGGCCUGCAUUUAAUAUUUACAACAUCUAUUUUAAAGGAAUGCUUGGUGUUACAGGUCAAUGUCUAUCUGUGUGUUCUCUUAGUUACCACACUAAGUAAUUUGUUUCUGUCUAAAAGUAUAGUAUACUAUACAAGCAAUUGUACAAUCACAAUUAUUUUCUGUGGUAAGCAUGUCACACAGAUACUGUUGUUAGACCUUGAACCGAAACAUUCUAUUAAAAUAUAGAUCCAUAUAACUGCGCUUUUAAUUCACACAUUACCAAUACUCCCCAGCCCUAAUGAAAAUUGAAGGUGUUUUAAAGCAUCCUAAAAAAAAUCUUAAGGUCUAUUGCUGCCAGCUAUAUUUUAUGGAGCAGCCAGCACCAUUAGAAGGAAUUCUCUUCUGUCCAGAGUAAAAAUAAAUGUUACCACAGCAACAACCUUGUGGUUUUUAUAUUUGGUUGCUAUGGCACCUCAAUAAUCCCCCUAAUUGGUUCGCACCUGGAAUCUGCCUCAACUCCUAUCAGAGUGAACACAUUUAAAAUAAGAAAGCUGGAGAGGAUGGAGUCUGUGUUGAGUGGAAAAGCAACCAGUGAAUUAAAUAGGUGAUUAGUGAGAUACUAUGUAUGAGCAGAAUUGGUCAGUCCUGCUACUUGCUUUUGGUUGCUGUGGCAACACUGUUGUCUCCUGUUACCAUUGGUCUACACAACCAGUCAAAAAAUGAAUUGAAAAUUAACCAUAUAAUUAUUAAUUCUUCAAUGCUUUACAAUAUCCUUACAAAUCAUAACUUGCUGAGGAGUUUUAACUGGUCUCAACCAUGGUGCUUAAUUUUGGGUUUUCAUAUAAUAAUGGUGCACCCAGUUGGUGCUCCUCGAAAAGCCAUCUUCUUUUGUGUCCUAAGUACAUUAGUGUGUUGGGGAAAAUAAUGUAUGUACAGUAAUGUAAAACAACACUUCCAGAAACCAUACAGAGCAGAAAGUAAAGAACAAUUUUAAAGAAGUUCUCUUUGACAUUAAUAACAGAUAUCAAUCGUUGAUAACACUUAUAGUGUACAUCUUUCUAAAAUAUUUUAAAUGUUUGAAGACGUGUUGCAGCAGCUCAGAACAGCUUUCAGAAAGAUUCACUCAUAGUCAAACAGUAAAUAUGAUAUGUUUCAAGGGUUUAGCAAAUUAUAUUAUAAAGCAAUGUUCAAUUGAGUGGCAUUCAAUAUUGCUCAUCUGCCCUGUAUCUUCAAUAAAACAGGGGAACUAUAAAGUAAUUCUGUCAUUCUGUUUUAAAUCCCAUUUUAUUAAAGUUGUAGUACUGUAAUACUGCUGAUUAGAAUAGGAAAACCAUUAGUCUAUAUCUAGAACUUUUUAUACUAAGUUUUCUUUCUGCUGUACUUUAAUAAAAGCACACUCACUGUAACAUAGGUCCCAAUGCUCUUCCUGUGGUUUCAUUGCAUGCUCUUGAUAGCUUGGUUAAUAGCUGUUGACCCUUUGAUUCUGCAAAAUAUCAAAGUUGUUUUGCUACUAUGUUUCCGUCUGUGUUAAAUAAAAAACAAAUUUGUUUUAAAUCAA